AUGUCCAAAUAUUAUGGGAACACGAAAGCAGGUAAGGACGUUCAGAACAAAAUUAAGGAAGUAGACAUUAAGGGUUACAAAAUACUUCAUCAAACUAGAGACAGCGAAGGCAAGGAUUUUAGCGACAAAACAUUCACUGACCAAUUUGAGAAUUGUGAACAGCAACUAGACCAUUUCACUCAAGCCGUUCAGAAGCUUGUAAAAAAAAGCAAUCAAACCAACACAGUGGACGCCUACUUGACCGACUUGAAUAGUAUGAUUAGUACAUCUAUCGAAAAGGUUGGCUUCACUUCCGAUAUAACAGACAAAACCACCAGAGGCCUUCUCAAAAUAAAGGAGGAACUUGUAACUCUGGAAUCCAGAGAUGUAGGGGGUGCCAAGCAAACCAUCGAUUCCAUCCUCACAAAAAUUAAAAAGCUGGAAGAUGCCGCUAAAUUCGUCGAAGACAUGGGAGUAAAAGCAGAAGAGCGCAUGAAGCAGUUGAAAAAUGAACUUCAAAUUAAGCUGGAUAUCGUUGGUGGUAACAUCAGCUACGCCGACACACUAAUCCAAAAUGCUACCAAAGCCGUACGAACUACGCUAAAUGCGGCCUUCGACGUGACACACGAUAAUCUCUUACGCUUAAAAGUAUUUCUCAUCAACACCGUCACUGACGCCUUUCAAAAAUCAGAAACUGCUGUCGAUAAACUCCAAAAAACCCUCAUCACAAAAGUCGAAGAUGCUUUUCAUAUCGUCACUACCGAAGUCCGAAUGCUAUUUUCUGAAAGCCGUGGAGCCGAUUUGCUAGCGCUGAAAGCUUUAGUAGAAAGGCAGUUGUUUACCGUGGUAUCCAUCAUACACGACGACCUAACAACCGGCGUCAAAGGCUUGUUAAACAAUAUUGACACAUAUUUGGUGCACGGCGGAGCACCAUAUAUAUUCCAAAAUCUGAAAGAUUUUAAAGUGGUGUCUCGUGAUUUAAAGACAUUCCUAGAUGCCCUCCUCUCCUACACCACCGAACAGGUCAGGACGCCGAGCAAGACGAAGAAGGGAGAGAAAGAAGACAGUGAUGAGUCCAAGAAAGUUGCAGAAAUUCAGAGGGCCGUCGACAAAUUACUCUCCCACCUCUCCAAUCCUGACAAACUCUACAACUUCGACUAUGAUUUCCAACUAAAACUCUCCGCACUAACCGACGCAGUUCAAGCCCUGCACGCCGAAAAAUUCGCCGGCCACCAGAAUCCCGAAUUGCUCGACGCGUUGAAGAAAGGGAUGCUUGGCGUUACCGGCGAGUUGGGACACGCGUAUGUUAAUGCGUAUGACGGACGCAAAUUCACGGAAAACUUAGUCGACGCUAAAUAUGAAUUAACCCCCUCAAAUAAUACCACAAUCAUAACGCUCAGAGAUUAUGGUGAGAAGUGUUCUAAAGUAUGUGCCACAGUCUUUUUUAUAUUGUUCCGGGAUAUGAAAAAUCUGAAAAUAGGUUGCGGCGAUAAAUGGACAUCUAAUACUACGUAUUCUGCUUCCGGUCUCGGAACAUUCCUCAAGAAGUCUGGUUACAAGGUGUCCAAAUAUGAAAAUGGUCAUGAGGGGGAGUUGAGAAAUAAGCCAGACUUCAAGGCUGACAAGAUUUAUGAUCUUCUGAUACAUGAACACACACCUGUCCCAAGUGGUGACAAAUUUAGGCUACUCGACGACUAUGACGAUUUAGAUGAUGAGAACAGUGUGAAACAUUACAGUGUCCUUAAGAGGCUUUACAACCAUCUCGAAUCCUUCUACCGUGUCUCUCAUCUCAACAUCCCUCCGAAACCAAGAGCGCCGAGUAGCAUCUAUCAGAUGCUCACAUGGUGCUCCGGGUUGCGAUACAAUUACGUGUUCGACAACCUUUGCUUAUACCUCAUGGAACUGUUUGGCAAACCUGAGGGUUACAAAGAUUCGAAGUAUUCCGAUAUACCCAGUGCACUAUUGCAAUUAGAUGCUCAUCCACAUACAAUCACAUAUGAUAGCUUAAUACCAUUGCUUAAGAAAGUAUGCCAAAACGCAAGAAAACCGCUGAUCGCCGUGCUUGGUUACGGCCAUGCUGACGGUGUAUAUGCCGUUGAUCACUUUAAUAACUCGAGUAAUCUAUCAUAUCCCAGUAGCGCUGCUGUAUGUUUUGAUAUGCUCUUAGAUAUAUUGCAAAGACUAUACCAGCAACUUUACUUCGUAUUGACGCAGUGCCUCCGUGGCAAAAGCACCAGCGGCUGGCGUGACUGUCACUACGGCCGGCACGUCGGUGGGUCCAGCUGGCGGUGUAACUACCUCCAAUGUGCUGACCAAACAUGUAACCAAAAGCACAACCAAGCGGUCAAGCAAACAGCCAACCAACACAGUGACUGCGGACUGAAAUCCCCUUUCCAAUCUUUUCUGGAAGAUGGUCUACAAGGCUUCUUGUCUCAUUCAAUUACCUCUCCUGGUUGCAAAUUAACUUGCUCAGUUACCAACCACCGAGGCAUCCCGUGCAAGACUCCGAUGGGAUUUGGGGAGAUCAGCACAAUGGCGUCACAAACACAGAAAGGUGAACGUCUUAUGAGAGUGCUUCGUGAUUUAUGCGGUGAUUCAGAGAAGCCUCUUAGCAAACUAUGUGGUUACUUAGUGUGCCUUACGCAUCGUGCUCCACAAACCCUUGGUGACAUGUUUGCGUUUUACCAGGGCUUCAUCACAGAUUACACUGGUGGCUUUUAUGGAAACAAGCAAUCGCCGGUGCACACGAAAGGAGCACUUAAGGACGCCGUCACCGAAGCCUAUUUCGGUCAAGAACAUCCCUUUGAUCCCAGCCCGUUGUUUGGUAUGGUUGGUCACGUCGAUAGCGACAUAAAGGGUGAUUUGUACAGCAUAUCAACCUGCACAUCUGAUUCAGUAAAUUCAUGUGGGCUCUUUGUUCAACCACUAACAUUAAAUAUCUACCGCAUAUUUUCAUCCAAGCAUAAAAGCAAUUACUUGUCGUGGAUCGUCUACUUGACGGAGACGUUUUACGACUUGCUUAAGAAAUUGUUCGAUGAAUGCGAUGCUAAAUGCGGUGCGAAGGGAUCCAAUUGCCACAACAAGUGCUGUGUUAAGAAGUGUCCAGUGUCCUCUAAAACAUCAACGCCAUGUAACCAUGAUUCAGAAUGCCGCUCGAUUGUUAAAUGCCAAAACACACUUCCGACACUGUAUAGACAUGGUUUCACAUAUGGCAACGCAGAAAGCCUAAAUGGUGAAUAUGGCGCAGGAAAGAAACGCACAUGUAAGGAUUUCUGCAAGGCGCUGAAAAACGUUCUCAAUGAAGAUAAAAACGUUGAAGCUCCACUUGCCAAAUUAAUAUACGUCACCAUACCAGAUUUCCUCUGGAAAAUAAGGGAACCAUUCUCCCUAACAUUGUUAGCCCUCUGGUCGCUGUCGCUCCUGUACCUGCUGCACAUCGCCGUCGUCCGCCUCGACGUCCUGAGGAUACGCUCCCACCUGAGAUCGCCGUCAAGCCACCGCAUCGCCGCGCAGUCCCUCCUCGCCGCCGCACGCGUCAAGGCACUCGCCAACGUCAAGUACUUCUCACCGUAA